AUGGACGUCUUGUGGUGGAUGUCAACCGCCUUGCUUGACAGUUCAAUUCUUGGACUACGGAAAGUGGAAAGUUGCAGGGCUUUUCUUUCAAUGGAUGCUCGCAAUGGAGAGAUCUCACGAGCUAUGCGAAAUCGUAGUGUUGAAAUUUUUGUGACUACACACCAGCAGUGGAAUUCCAGUCCUCCAGACAUAACUGCAGUUUUGUCUUCACAUGGAAAAAUAAUCCCACAGAAGCUCUCGAAAUCGCUGUCUUCCUUACCGGCUGAAAAACAGCUUCAUUUUUCUGCUCUCCUGAGCGAAAUGUCGAUUGAAGAAGCGUGCCGUAUAAUAGGCCUUCCAUAUUCGGAAACCGCAGACGUUGCAUUGUGCCACAGUUCAAUAGCCCCAUUCGUGGAAGAAGUUGACACGGAAGGGUACGAAUCAUGGCUUCUAAGGGCAUGGAAGGAAUGCAGUGACGUUGACCCUUUCUCUGGCUUAUUCCUCGCUUUACUUGUCCACUUCGACGAGCUCUUCCGACGUGAGAGUUGUCGAUGCACAAGUUUUUCGUAUGAUAUUGCUUUACCUGCGGUGAGUCGUUUACGUAAAAUGUCGCUGGACAUGGAACACUCUCAUCACCCCAUUGACUCUCGUUUCCACCACGGAAUCCCAGGAUCUGAGGGUAGCG